AUGUUUAAUAAAUACUCUUUAACUUUUUAAUCAGCAAAUCUAGAAUUAGAAUACAGAGAAAGUCAAAUACCAGUUGUAAAAAAGGAAUAUACAGCAUUUUCUUUACAAGCAUGUGUAAUUUUAUAUUGAAAAUAUUAGUUAUACAUGAUAUUUUAAUCAAUUUAUUACUUGAGAAGUCAGCCUUAGUUUUUAGCCGUAUUGCUUAGUUGCUGUUUUGUCGUUAUUUUUAUAAUCUUCUCUAAGUUUUUAAUAGAUAAAUACCCGAGUGUCAUUAACAUAAUUUUACCUAUACUGCAAAUAAUUAUGGUUUUGAUUUAAAGUGUUGAUUAUGUUUUUAGAGAAAGCAAUCCAAAUAAUAUAUAUAAUUCAAGUUAUGACUGGUAUUAUGGCUUUUGUGCUUGUUAUUUUCAUAUGGGUAUAUUUGUCAUUGUUAAUUAGCUAUAUUUAUUCAAGGGUAUUUAUUAUUGUCACAAGCUUUUAUUGUUAUAGGAUUAUUGCUUGUCUACAUUUUAUGGGCUUACAAUUCCUCUAAAGUUUAUAUAAGUCUAUUGUUAAGUUUUCUCUCCAUUAUUGUUGGAAUAAUUGCAAUCAAAUAUAGCAUAGAGAAUAAUAAAAGGCAAUAAUUUUUACAUAAUAGAGAGAGGAAAAAAUGGUUUGCAGUAAUAUAAUUAAGAAUUUUUAGAUAAUUGAUACAGUCUUAGAACAAUCCAUUAUAGUUAUUAAAUUAGAUAAACAACAAGAUUAAUUAAGAAUACAUUAAAUGAAUAAUAUUACCAAGGAAAUUUUAUAAGUUAAUAAUGAUAAUGAUUUAAGAACAGUUUUAAGAAAUGUAAUUUAUAAUAAUAAUUCUUAUAGCUAACUUAUUCAAGAGGAUCAAAACUUUCUGGUGAAGAUAACAAAUGUUCACUAGAAAAACAUAUUAGAAUGAUGUUAUAAAGUAAUACAUCCUCUGGUUCUGCAUUUGAAUUAAGAAAAAAAGGAUCAUAAGAUAAAUUAAUUAAUUCAUUAAUUUGUCAAUCUAACAUAUUAGAAUAUUAAUUCAAAGUUUAAAUUGUUAAUUACUGGACUGAUGAAUAAUAAAUGGUCAUCAUGGCUACUGAAUGCUUAAAUAAUAAUUAAUAAAAUCAUGAUAAAUUAGAAUUAAAUCUAAAAAACAGACUUAUUACUUCUUUGGCAAAACAUUGUCUAAAUGUGUAAUUUAAAGAAAAAAAUGAUAGAUUUUCUUAAUUGUAAUGUAUGAAUUACUUUGUAUGUCUAAAUAUUCUAUAGAAUCCUAAUAUUUUAAAUGGAAUUCAUAUAAAAAAAUACAGUUCAGAAUAGGUGAUAAAAUUGUUAAAAUCUGUCUUUGGAAAUCAUUUGGAAAUUAUUAACAAAUUAAAAAUAUAAUAUAUAAACCUAGAUUUAAAUUCAGUAUUACUUAUCUUUAUAACAUUACUAUAAUUUAGAGAAAAAAAAAAUGGAUAUAUAAAGAUAUCAUCCAAAAUUAAUGAAGAUAAUAUUGAAUCUAUACAUUUUACCUUGAUGUAAUCUACUAAAUAGAUUAUUCCUUAAAUUAGAGUUUAUUUUACCAAACCUUUAUUUUUUUUUUAAAAAUAGGACAAAUCCACAAACUUAUCCCAUCUAUAAUAAAAUUUAUUACAUUUAGAUAAGAAAUUAAAUUGUUAAGAUCCAUUAACAGCCACAACUUUAAUCAUUAUGAAAUUUUUAUUAUGGCAUUUUGGUUGUAAUACAUAAAUUAAAACUAAAUAAAAAAAUAACCUUACUUAUUUUUCAUUUUCUUUGCUUAAUUAAUGA